CCGGAUGUAGCAAUGGCCAUCUGGACAGCCUCUGAAUUCACAGCUAGCUAUCAGUAAAGGAGUGCGUAUCUUCAUUGUGCGGUGCAUUUGGAAAUGCUCACUGCAUAUAAGAUAAACAUCGCCAUAUAAAAGUCGAGUAAAGCGCCGGAACAUGCGUUGCUGCUGUGCCUUACCAGUUUGGGAAUCAUGAUGGACCAUCGAAAAGCCUUAACCUUCCCAUUUACGAUCGAUAGAGACAAGUUGAUGGACAAUCCACUCAGAAUCCCCAUGACAUUUCACUCCUCAGAGUGUGGAAGGUUAGAAAGAAAGGUGUCCUGGGCUGCCAUUCCCGGUUGCAAGCUCAAACAGUCGGACUUAAAGCUUAAAAGGGGAUCCAAGUCGUUUGAUCACAAUCAUGCAGCGCUGGUCAAAUGGGGAAUGGCCAGAGGGCAGCCUCGCCUGGUCCUGACAGAUGUGCUAAAGACAGACCUCGGCAAGGUGUACUUGAGCACUCAACAGGGUCGCACGUGUGGUAGUAAAGCCCAAACGACAAGCGUGAGGAGCUCGUGCAAGAAGCAGCCCACCAGCUGUCAAGGCCAGAGACCAACCAAGAACGAUGAGAGUAAGACACCAACUGCCAAAUGUGACCAGAAGAGCACAUCCACACCUCGUAAAAGGGGUAGACCCAGGAAGACGUUACUUCAUGUUGACAACAAGGAAGAAAGCAAAGGCGUUGCGGAGGGGGUACUCGGCAAUGAAAAUGGAGAGGACUACAGAGUAGUGGAUUGCGGCUUGUCCCUGAGUUGGAAUCCGGCUCAGGAUGCUGGAAAUGAGUUUUCCCCGACUCCAGUCAAAGACAUGGGGACCGAAGAGAGGAAUAAAGUUCAACAUUGUCAGAGGAAAAGAAAGAGCGCAUGGGUCAACGGCACAAGCACUCCCAAACGCCAUCGUGAAAGCGUGCUGCGGCUCACAGGGGAAGAUGGAAGAAAUGGAGGGCUGCCCCAGCCGCAUAUAUGUCCCAGUCAAGACAGGGAAGAGACCGACAGCUUGGACGGUAGCAUUGUGCAGUUCACGGUCGGGGCUGUGGACGGGACGCCCUGUCUUCUCCCAGUCAUCCGUCCUAAUUUGGAAAGCAGAAGCCGCGGUUUCAGGCGGUCGUCUUCACAAGAUAGCACGUCUCAGUCCAGCCAGGGGGAACCAAUUGUGUUGUCCAGUGAUGACGAGGAGAGCAGCGAGAUGGAAGAAGCAGGAGGACGAGUGCGGUCAUCAUCACAGGAAGCUGCAUCCAAGGAGCUAGAUGAUUCCAACUUACAGAAUGUAGAGGUGUUGCCUGUGGUUGUAGACGGGCCGGAAACAGUUGCUUCCAUGCCCAGAAUAGACACCUCUUUCCUGGGUGUGGCCUUCUGCUCCAUGUUUUGUGGAGGUUACCAAGGGAAGGCAAAUGGAAACCUCAUGAUAGCAAAUCAAAAAAUCAUCAUACCAUUGAAAGACGCAAACCACCACGCUGAGGUGACAGUGACCUUGGAGCGCAAGGAGAUGAGGAGGUACAGCGUUUGGGAGUCAGAGGAGCUGGCGGCCCGGGAUCUCUCCUGGGGGAGCAACAUUGGCACUGUGCUUUUGUUUUGUGUGACACAAAGCGCAGCGGCGGCGGUGCAGAGGGAACUUCUCAACCUGUGUGCCAAACGGGAUGAAGCCUCCAGCACUGAUAAAGUGAGCCCCUUCAUUGUGCUGAGCCUAAAGGACCCCGUUAUGGGCAUGGAAGGAGCUUUAUUGCGCUCUCUCUUGGAAAUAGACUGUCUCAACUGUCUGACAACCAUCGACACCUCUAUCGAUGCGCUAGACCUGAAGGACUACAUAAGUCCAAGUCUGUCACUGGACGAAUGUUUGGAGCUGAUCAAACGAAGCGCUCGAGACCCCCACUUGCUGCGGCGGCUCGGUGUGGACACCACAGAAUCUACAUCCGACACAGGCCGACAAAGUCCAUGUUUGGAUUUGGACACAAGCAGCCAACUCCAGCCGGAAGUCGAUACACUGACCGAGACGGCACCGGAUGCAGAAUCUGUGCUGGAGCUGAACACAUUUGACUUGCAGUUGUUCAAGGAGCUGAACAUGGCUUCCAUGGAGGAGGAGGAGAUGGACCCUGGGAUGCAGCACAGCCCAGGGGAAGAGCAUACACAGCAUGAUGGUCAACAACCCAACAAGGAGGACAAAGAGGAAGACAUUCCUCUGUACACACUGUGCCAGCGGAGAACCAAAGGAUCAUACACGGUCACCAUGUGUAAACCAGACUCUUCUUGGGUUAAAUACAAACAUCAGGGCCUGGGAAAAAGGUUGGUCCUGUUCCCUCCGCCCCCGUUGAAAGGUGGCAUCACAGUGACAAUGGAGGACCUGCAGUGUCUGGACAGUCGGCAGUACCUCAAUGACGUCAUCAUCGACUUCUACCUCAAGUACCUCCUCCACAAAUCGCCGCAGGCCAUCGCAGAGCGCUCGCACAUUUUCAGCAGCUUCUUUUACAAGCAGCUCACGCGUAGAGACAACGCCAGUGAGGGCAGCGCCACUGAAUCCUGUCAGAGGCAGAAGCGGCACCAGCGAGUGAAGACAUGGACACGGCAUGUGGACAUCUUCAAAAAGGACUUUGUGUUUGUUCCUGUUAAUCAGGAGGCUCAUUGGUAUUUGGUGGUCAUAUGCUUUCCUGGACUGGAGGAGCCCACAUUGGAGGCCAGGACAGGAAGUAGCCACAAUGGGACGAGUGAGCCGCCUGAGCAAGAUGAAGCAGGAGGGUCACAAAGAAGCUCGACUGACGCCACAGUGACGCCAUCAGUGUUGAACCGAAGCGACAUCGUAGACACAGGACAAGAGUCCGCCAAUGUCAUUCCGAGUCAAGUGAACUGCACAGAGAAGACCUGCCUUAGGACGAUGGUUUGUAAAAGGCCGUGUAUUCUCGUCAUGGACUCCCUCAAGCUGUCUCUUCACGAGCGCAUCUUCAAAGUGUUAAGAGAGUAUUUGCAGUCAGAAUGGGAGGUCCGUCGAGGGUCGUCGCGGGACUUUGGGCCGGACCAGAUGAAAAGCUCACACUGUCAAGUUCCUCUGCAGGACAACAGCAGCGACUGUGGCCUCUACUUGCUGCAGUAUGUGGAGAGUUUUCUCAAGGACCCCGUGGUGCACUUUGACCUGCCAUUACACCUGCAGCGCUGGUUUCCGCGUCAUCACGUGCGCGGUAAACGAGACGAAAUCCGCAAUCUGGUGCUGCGACUCUACCGACAGCAGAGCCUGAGCAAAAAGUAAGAGCAGGAGUCGUAGCACAAGGGAAUCCUCGCUCAUACUGAGCGACGCAUUUCAGCAUGAACUCCACCAAACUGAACUAUGGACUCAUCUCCUUGAACUGUGGACUCGUCUUCAUGAACAGUGGAGCCUCUCGGUCCUCAAGCUUUUUAUAGGAUGUUUUACUGUUAUUUUUUAUAGAUAUUUAAUUUCUACAUGCGAUCACCACGUCAAACUAAAGUGUGUUCAAGGUGUAACAUGUUCCAAAUGUAGUUUGUGUAACAUAAAGCUGUUUUAUCUCGAAAUCAUUUUAUUUCA